AUGUCUAAUCCACCGACCAAGGUGAAACCACCAACGCUAGCCUCGAUGUUUACACUGUUCGCCAAGUACCGGCCAACGUUGAACUCUUUCCAAGGUGAUGGAAAACGCAUCCUGCUGUCGCAAAGUGAUUGCUGGAUGCAACAGGCCGACCUCAUCAGCUCCAAACACUUCACGCUCACCCAAACCGGGUUAACAUUUUUCGAGUUUAGGAAGUCAACGCUGGAUUACGAAGAAUACUUACAGUUUCUAACGUUGCUUUGCAACGAGAGCCAGGCAGAUCUGGAAGAGGUUAAAGAAAAGCUUACCAACUGUGGCCCGCCAGGCAUUAACUCAUGA